CCGACGUUCCUCCUUAACUACCACGCCACGGGCGGGGCUGCUGUCUGGGGUGGGACUAGGCAAAUAUCACCCUAUGGGGUGGGGUGACAGGCCCGGGCCGCGCGUUGAGGAUAGGUUAUCUCUGUAGGGGCGUGGCUUGUGGGGCCUCGCUUUCCCGCCGACGGUUGGCCACGUCACGUGACAUGGGCUGGAAGAUGGCGUCUCCCACGGACGGGACGGAUUUGGAAGCAUCUUUGCUAAGUUUUGAGAAACUUGACCGAGCCUCGCCAGAUCUUUGGCCGGAACAAUUACCAGGAGUUGCUGAAUUUGCAGCUUCUUUCAAAAGUCCCAUCACUAGCUCUCCACCAAAAUGGAUGGCUGAAAUAGAACGUGAUGACAUCGAUAUGUUGAAAGAGCUGGGGAGCCUCACCACAGCUAAUUUGAUGGAGAAGGUACGAGGCCUCCAGAACCUGGCCUAUCAGCUGGGGCUGGAUGAGUGUCCGUCCCUAAGCUAUCUAGCCUGGGAUUCCUGGUCACCCAAGCAGUAUCGGAUACGGGUUCCAUCUCGUGGAGUGUGCCUUAAGUCACAUCAGAGCCAGAGAGAUGACCAGGGGGAAAUUCCUGAACAUCCUAGAGAAACCCAAGAAGUAGCAGCCACUCCAGCACAAGUGUCCUGAAGACUACACCAAGUUCCCUUCCCAGUGUCGCUCUGAUGACGCACGCAGCGUGCUUCCUGGGAAAAGACUGCCCUUCUCCCCUGCUCCUGGCACUCUGCACCUCUGAGGACAUUUGGCAGCAAGAGAAGAAUCUGUUCUACCCAAGGACCAUUGCCAUUUCCUGAGUCGGCUCCGUAGCUCUGGUAACGUAGAGGUCUCAUCAUUCCGAAAGGUCCUUUCCAAAAGUGACUGAGGAGUCUCAGGAUCUUAGAACUCCUUCGGUUCUGUAAUGGCAGAGUCAGUAGUGACGUGUUGAUUAGUGGGUUCUGUUAAGUUGUACUUGACCUCUUAAGAAGCAUUCAUGACAAGGACAUCAGAGAGAGACCAACUACAUUCUGGACCAGACUGUGCAUCCUGACCUGUGAACUCUACAGAUCUAACGGAUUCUAUGACUUCCAUUCUGAAGGAAACAAUCCUCUUGAAAUGUACAUCUGCUUUUUUUAAGUCUGUACCUCCAAUGACACUCUUGCCCUUAGCACUAUCCAUUCCCCGCUCCCAGGCCCACUUUGCAGGUCUGACUCUGGACAAGUGGAGCUCUCGUAGUGACUCUCUAGAAAAAAGACUCAUGCUGGUCACCCUGAGUUCUAGACCCCCAGACUAGUGUGAAGACAAUGGAAGGAACUCUGGUUAGUCUCUUACAUUUGUAAGUGAAAAAGUGAGUGUGACCUGGUAGUGGGAGGGCAUGGUUGUAAGAGUUCCCUUCGACUGAAAACAGGAAGCCCCGGCUGACUUAGUGUGUGCUGUCAGAUGGUAACAAUGCUUUCCCCCUUUCCUCCUCUCAGCCACAUAUCAGAUACUCCACUUACAUGAUACAGACAUACCCAGGGGAAAAUGGUCUGGCUUAAAACAACUCUCACAGAUUAUUUUUGCUACUUGUAUAUGUCUGCUAAAGUCUGAAAAUCUUGCCCCUGGGUAAAAUGGAUUAGACCUAGUCUUUCACAUUUUGAAAAGCGCGGAGUUCCCUCAAUAUUAUAGGAAGAAAAGCUCCGUGGCCAUCAUCCAUUGGGAGUUCGGACACAGGAGAAGCUGUGGCCAAGUCUCUGUCAUGUGUCUGUUAGGGCACAGUGCUCUUGAGGUUCACAGCGGGUCCUUGACCGUUCUCGACAGACACUUGUGCCUAAUGCUAGAGUUGAUACUGGAUUGUCCCCUUCAUGAGUGCUAUUUGAUCGACACAGUUUUACUUUUUAAAAGGAAAAAGCAAUGAAAUAUGUACCACAAAAGAGAAGUAUGAGAAGAGAAGCAUUCUGCUGGAGUACUCCCUAGAAGGGCCAGUUGAUUUUAAGCUUAAGUCUGUGAUUGACAUUUUUUAUCUCACGAAAUGCGGUUAAAGUGAGUGUAUACGAGUGAUCAGAAAUAAUGCCAUAUGUCAAAUUUUUUCUUCACUCUGUUUUUGAGAGUUGAUGACAUCAGGCACUUUUCAGAGUUUGGGGACUUGAAAGGUAUGUGGAGAAUACUGGGAUGGCUCCCCAAACCAACUCAUCUGUAAUGGGAAGCCAGUGGUUGGUGUUUGGAACUGCUGUGGCCUCCUCCUCUCACUGUUAUCCUGUCCACCAGCACUUAAUUAAUGUAAGUAGACGUUGUAGAAUUGUGAUAUUUAUUGUUUUUUGUAUUUGUCAUCCUUAGAAAUGUUAAUGAUGUAUUUUUAUAUUGAUAAUAUAAAUGUAUGUACAGUAUGCAUAUGUAUUUUAGAACGUUAGAGGAUUAUACUUUGUGUAUAAUAUGUCUUCAUAAUAAAUGUGUCCCUUGUAUAGGAGGUCGAAUUUUUCCCUUAAAGGGCCAAGCUGUAUAUUUAAACCUGGACUCAUGGAAAGUACAAUUUGAGUGACAAGUCCCCUGUCCCACCAGCCAUCCUGCCGUCACUGCUAAAUUCCCUGACCCAGUGGGACCCUUUAGAAAGCUUUGGUACCACCUUGUGUAUAUUGUCACCGGUCCAUCUCUCUCCUCGGGUUUAAACGGUUAAACAUGACAGUUUAAAAUGA